AUGGUUAGCCGAAAUUCGCUUCAUGCCGGAAUACUGCUGUGCCUUUUCUUGGCCAACGGUCAAGUAGAGGGGUCGAAAAUUCUCGGCAUCUUCCCUACAAUGUCCAAAUCGCACUGGAUUCUUGGGUCUACUCUUAUGAAAGAACUCGCCUUACACGGUCACGAGGUAACCGUCAUCAGUCCUUUUGCGUUACCAAAUGCACCUGAAAACACUCGUCACGUUAAAAUUGAACACACCCGAAUGUUGGAAGAUAUGAUGGACAAAGUGUUCGAGCGUAUCGAUAACAGCAUCGUGCAGAAAAUGCUAAACCUUCAAUACUUCGUGCAUGCCAUCGCCAACACCACGCUAUCCUCGCCCGCCGUCCAAUCUCUGCUUCAUUCCGACGAGCAGUUCGAUCUGCUAGUGCUGGAAAUAUUUCUCGAUGAAGUGUUUCUUGGAUUUGGCGAUCGCUUCAACUGUCCGGUCAUCGCAAUGUCCACGUUUGGUGCGUCGGCCUGGGUGACCUCACUCAUCGGUUCCCCUCAGCCGCUCUCGUACAUUCCCCAUCCAAUGAUUGGGCUCACUAGUCGUAUGAACUUCCGUCAACGGCUCACCAACGUGCUGUUUACCGGAUUCGAUGAGAUAUUGAAGAGCGUGCUGUUCGACCCGAUUCACGAGGAGUACUAUAGGAAAUUCUUCCCUAAUGCCAAGCGCUCCUUGGCGGAGAUGCGCCGCCAUGGGGUGUCACUGGUAUUGGUAAACAGUCACUUUAGUCUGAGCUUCCCCCGUCCUUAUCUGCCCAAUUUGAUAGAAGUUGGAGGGUUUCACGUCAACCGGAAGGUUAAUCCAUUGCCAGAGGACAUCAAGAAUUUCGUCGAGAAAUCUAAGCAUGGAGUGAUCUACUUCUCGAUGGGUUCUAACAUAAAGCCCUCCAAAAUGGACCGACAAAAACGGGACGAUAUCAUCAAGGUACUAUCUGCCGUAAAGCAAAACAUCAUCUGGAAAUGGGAUGACGAUACGCUCGUUCUGGAUAAGGGCAAGUUCCUGCUUGGAAAAUGGUUCCCACAGGAUGACAUUCUUGCCCAUCCGAACGUGAAACUUUUCAUCACCCACGGUGGUUUGCUGAGCUGCACCGAGUCGAUCUACCAUGGAGUUCCGAUCGUCGGCAUACCGAUCUUUGGAGAUCAGCUGUUAAACAUGGCUCGCGCAGAACAGUCUGGCUGGGGCAUUGGAGUAACCUAUACGGAACUAAAUGAAGCUAUUUUUAGUAAAGCAGUCAACGAGGUGUUAAGUAAUGACAAAUUCGCUUCGAAUAUAAAACUCAUUUCUCGGCUGUUCCGUGACCAACCGCUACCACCGAUGGAGCUUGCCCGGUUUUGGAUUGAGUAUGUACUGCGGCAUGACGGCGCCAAGCAUCUGAUCUCUGCAGCCCAGGACCUCAACUUUUUUGAGUACAACAAUUUGGAUGUCUACGCCUUCAUCGCAGGCAUUGUGACUCUAGUGCUUAUUUCUAUAACAUUUUGUGUGAAGAAAAUCGUUGCUCGUUUGUUUGCAAACAAACCGAAGAAAAUUAACCGAAAGAAGGUUAAUUGA